CUGCACGCCAUGAAAAUAUAUGCUUCCCCUCCCCACCACUCCAUCAGUGCGUGCUCUAGUCUGGCUAUAAAGUUCCCAGCUCCCAACUCCCGAAAGAUAUAUGCGCAGCUAGCCAGCCCACGGCGCAUUGUCGGCCGUCACAAGAGCAUCUCUCCCGCGGCAACAGCUCGGCCCUAGCUUCUUAUCAUCAGUUGUCUUGCGGCCACUCGGAUCGCGCGCGAUGCUGCAGCUUUGCAGCCGGCGCGUCCUCGUCGUCGCCUUGGCGGUGGCCGUCCUGGGCGCCGCUAACCCGCGCGCCGCCGUGGACGCGUACAAGAACUACACCGUCGGCGACGACAAGGGCUGGUACGACGGCCUCGCGGUCGACUACCAGGCUUGGGCCGAAGGCUACAACUUCACCCUCGGAGAUUUUCUCAUAUUCAACACGGACAAGAAUCACUCGGUGGUGCAGACACGGAACGAGACCCUGUACAAGAGCUGCGACUACGACGACUCCGGCCUCGACGACACCGUCGAUUGGUCCGCCGCCGCGCCGGAGUUCAGCAAGGAUGCCGUCACCGCCGCCGUGCCACUGCUCAAGGAGGGCAGAACGUACUUCUUCUCCGGGAACUACGACGGCGAGCAGUGCGAGAACGGCCAGCGCUUCGCCAUAGCCGUCGCACACGGCCAAGGCCUCCCGCCGGACCUCAGGCCGCCGGUGGCCGACGCGCCAGGGCCAGCAGCCGGACCCGACAGCGCCGACAGGGCGCCGGCCUUCGACUUCAGCCACCCAAAGAACGUCUCCACGCCGUCGGAAACCGGUGCUUCCGAUGACGAGACGAGUACCAGUACUUCGGAUUCUACUCUAAAUCUAGCCAGUUUGGGGGCUGGCCUGAUCAUGGCUCUCAGUGUGCUCUUUGCGGUGCAAGUAUAAAAGCUGUACAUGAUGCUUUAGCGGCUGGUUCGUUUUGUCGUACCUAAAUUGUAAGGUUUAUUAUUUUUGCAAAUAUAAUGAUGUAGCUUCAUGUACGGAAA